AUGUCGAGCUUAACGGCGUGCGUUAGGUUCAGGCCUUUGAGCUCCAGAGAGAGAAGAGAUCACGGCGAUUCCGUUUGCGUUAACUCCGUAGAUUCGCAUAGUUUCGUCUUCAAGGAUGAGAAGGAAUAGGAGUUUACAUUUAGCUUCGAUAAGGUGUUCUAUGAAGACUCGGAGCAAGCUCAGGUGUAUGAAUUUCUAGCUCAGCCAAUUGUGAAAGAUGCUGUUGAUGCUAUCAACGGCACGAUCAUUACUUAUGGACAGACUGGAGCCGGGAAGACAUAUUGUAUGGAGGGACCUAGCAUAAUGGCAUGCGAUGAGAAGGAGAGAGGAUUAGUUCCAAGAGUAGUUGAUGGACUGUUCAACUGCAUAAAGUCGGUUGAAGGAAAAGUCAAGUAAAUCAAAGUGUCGAUGGUGGAGAUUUACAUGGAAAAAGUAAGGGACCUCUUUGAUUUGUCAAAAGACAACAUUCAGAUCAAGGAGAGUAAAGCGCAUGGCAUAGUGUUAAAUGGAGUGACAGAGGUGUCUGUAUUGGAUCCUGCUGGAGCAUUAGAGACUCUAUCUAGUGGAAUAGCUAACAGAACUGUUGGAGAGACCCAGAUGAACAUGUCCAGCAGCAGAAGUCAUUGUAUUUACCUAUUCACAAUUCAGCAAGAGUUAAAUAAAGAUAACAGGUUGAAAGGUAAAUUGAUUCUUGUUGACUUGGCUGGUUCUGAGAAAGCAGAUAAAACUGCAGCCGAAGGAAAAGCUCUUGAACAAGCCAAGACCAUCAACAAAUCUCUCUCAGCCCUUGGAAAUGUGAUAUAUGCUCUCACAUGUGGUUUACCAGGCAAAGAAAACCACAUCCCAUAUCGUGAUUCCAAGCUCACACGGCUUUUACAAGAUGCACUGGGAGGGAAUUCCCGUACUGCGUUGUUGUGCUGUUGCUCACCAAGCCCUUCAAAUGCAUCGGAGAGUCUGUCCACUCUUCGCUUUGGAAUGAGAGCAAAGCAUAUAAAAAUGUCACCACAUGCCAAGUCCGGUGAAGAUGAAUAUGCUAAGAAGGAUGAAUCUCCAUCUUCAAGUAAAAAUGAGGCAUGUGAGAGAAUCUUGGACCAGUUAAGGGACAGAUUUGAUGUUGAAGAUGUGAUGUUACUUGAAGAGUUGUUCAGAUUGAGUGGAAUUCUCUAUGAGCCUGGUUCACCUGAAGAUUUGGAUUCGGCAUAUGAGGAUGUCACUUCACAGACAAUUAUCCAAUUGCAGCAUACGGUGGAAGACCUUGUAUCUACUGUAGGAGAGCUCGAAAACGAGAAUAGGACUCUGAAGGAUAGAUUGGCAGCUUGUGAAAGAUGCGAUACACAAUCCAAAGUAGCUGGAGGUCAUACUUCAAGCAUUCUGCAUAGAGUUUCAGACACCCUCGGCUCCUUUGUGUCCUGGUUCUGAUCACUAGCUUUCCUUUACAAAGUUGCUGAAAUGAAGAUUAUAAUCCGACUCAGAAUCUGAAUUCCAGCUCAUUUGAGGUUCCUACUGCUCUGAAACUUCUCGUACAGGUUUGGCUUAUAUGUUUGCUUGUAAGGAAUAUUCAAAGUCCUUGCUUGCUCAGCUGCUCUACGAUGCUUCAUGCUUCUUGCUUUAAGAUCCCCAUUACUUUUCUCUAUGCCGAUAAUGCCCCUAUAGUUAUGUCCUAAUCUGGUGCUAAAUGCUGGUCUUGACUUAUUAGUCAUUAUUAACAGUAACAUAGCUAUUAUUGUCCGUUGUUGGGUUUAUGUGAACAUAAUCUGCUUUAAUAACUUGGACUCAUCAUAAUCUAGUAUUAUUGGAGGGUGAGAUAGUCAUUGAACACAUAAACUUUCUUUAUUCGGCCUGUCCAGAAUUGAAAGCAAACUAAAAUUUUCUGCAAGAAGAAAAGCCUUGCGCACAAAAUACCUCCAAG